UCGCAAACCAAUGCGGCGUUCGCAAUUCUUUUUCAAACAAUUUUGUAAUUUUUUGUAAUUUUGCCAUUUAAGUCAAAUUCCCGUAUACAAAAUGAAAGUAAUCGAACUACGUCCGGAUCGCUCGCUGUUGCGGUCCAAUUUUGACGGGUACAAACUUUCGCUGGAACCGGUACCGUUGCUGCGGCAGGAACUGUCGGACCAAUGCUGUCCGGAUCGAGUGAAGCCAACCGGGGACGAUAACUACUCUUGUUUGCACGCGCAACUGUUCGGGCUGCAGAACCACCUGGUACGGGAUCCCUGGACCUCGGGGAGUUGUUACUACGUGGAUCGAAGUUGCACCGUUCGGCGGGUGCAGUACUGUGACGACGAAGGCCGCCUGAAGCCGGUAAGUUCGGUUUUUAAAAUUGUUAGAAAGCGGGAACGAGUCGAUGGGGAUUAUAACUGUUCGUUGGUGUUUAUUUCGGAGCGACUGGCUUUGGUAGGGGAUGGUCAGAGUGGAUUGCGGAUAGUUGAAACUGGGGACCGGAAGCGAGGGGAUGAAUGGAAGGGGAAGUUUGGGUACGAGUGUGAGGAGCUGCCUGAAGGUGGUAUGAUCCUGUUGGAUGGUCGCUUUGAGGUUGUGGUCGGUGGUGAGCGACAGAUUCAUGCGGUUUGUGCUUCUAUCAGGCGGGAUGAGAGCUGUUUUAGGACGGUUCUGAGGUGGUUCAAGAUUGUGCAAUCAGAUGCUUCCAACGAGUGGAAGUAUCAUUCCUUAAGGGUUCUGGAAGGCAGAGGAUUUCCUUGGUAUUGCAGCUUAGAAGUCAAAAGCACCGGUUUGGUGAUGAUCAGCGAUAAACCCUUUAGUUUUGUGUCGGAUUCUGAGACCCCUUUCGAGCGUAAGGAAGCAGAACAAAACGGAACUAAACCGCAGGAGAAUGAAACUACUGAGACAAUCCUAUUUACUUGGUCGCAAACCGUAGGAGAUUUGACUAUCAAAAUUCCCAAAGAGGAAGGGUUUAGCUACCGGAUAACGAACGACAAUAUGAUUCUAAAAGUCGUAAGAAAUGAGACGGUGGUUUUGGAUGGAGAAUCUUUCUACGCAAAAGUCGAUCCAGAAUUGACCUCUUGGACGAAUGAAACUAACGAGCUCCAGAUAACGCUUUUUAAAGCUAACAACUCGUUUUGGCCGUUUCUUUUUCCCGGUAGUCCCGAAGAGUCAGACCCACAACGAACAGAACAGGACGAAGAACAACUUCCGGUAUCGAACAUUACCUCUCAGUUGGAGGAUUGCGAUUUUGGGAUUGGCGGGGAGGAGAAAGAAUACGUUUUGGAACGGCUAGAUCUAGCGACUCAUGAAGCCACCCACAAAGCACUCCUAGGCAGUAACGCCCCUUUAUUCAAUGUCACAUUGCGUUCCGGAUUUCCGGCUGCGGUCGCUCUCAGAAACGACGUCGAUGCGUGCGUUUGGCUGCAGCAACCUGGAGCCACCGAUUGGUCUUUACGGCACGAAGGAACCCUCCAUGCUUUCGGAUACGUCCAGGCCUCAAAGCAGCAGCGAAAAUUUCUAGCAUGUGCACCGGAUAUGUCCUACGGCAUAAUUUGUGAACCGGAACGUCACGUUUUUAUCUACAAAUCGAGCUACGGGAUUGGUGCCAGUGGCUUGCGCAAUCGAUCCGGACCCCAAGUCACCAUCGGCCAGCAGAAACUGAUCACCCUGCCCGAAGGAACCGGCGAAAUUCUCGGAACGUCAAUCGAAAACGAAUACACAAUCCUGCUAACGGAAAGUCACGUGUUGUUGCUCCAGUUGUGCAUCGAAGAGUAACAUAGCUAAUAAAACGAAAAACACUUUAUUUCAUAAAUUA